CCAUCGUUAGCUCACAGCAGCGCUGAGACUCAGAGGAGACGACGCCAAUGGCAGACCUUUCCGCGCCACCUACGGACCAAUUAGCCUCGACCACUCUCAAUGACGCCUUAUCGUCUCAUGUUUCAAAACAUGAAUUCUCCGAUCGCGUCCCGAUUAAAUCCAUCAUUUCCCGUCCGGACCGCGGGUCGGGUCUCGCUGGCCAGAAGGUGAGAGUUGGCGGUUGGGUUAAGACGGGAAGGAAAGCCGACAAGGACGCUUUUGCGUUCUUGGAGCUUAACGACGGAUCGUGCGCCGGGAACCUGCAGGUGAUAGUGGAGGCUUCUUUAGGUGACCUCGGGCAGCUAGUACCCACUGGUACUUGCGUUGUGGUCGAUGGUGAACUCAAGCUUCCUCCUGCUGGAGCAAAGCAGAAAGUGGAACUUCGGGCUGAAAAGGUUCUCCACGUAGGUCCUGUGGAUCCUGCGAAGUACCCGUUACCCAAAAUGAGGCUUACGCUUGAGUUUUUGCGAGAUUACGUUCACCUUCGUACUAGAACUAACACGAUAUCUGCAGUUGCUCGAAUCCGUGAUGCUCUUGCCUAUGCAACACACACUUUCUUCCACAGGCAUGGAUUUCUUUAUGUGCACACACCCAUCAUCACUACUAGUGAUUGUGAAGGUGCGGGUGAAAUGUUUCAAGUCACGACCUUGCUCAGUGAAGCAGAGAAACUGGAGAAGGAAUUGCGAGAAAAUCCUCCUCCAUCAGAGGAUGAUGUAGAAGCUGCUAGAGUUCUGGUUAAGGAGAAAGGGGAUGUUGUUUCACAACUGAAAUCUAGUAAAGCAAGUAAGCAGGAAAUUAGUGCUUCUGUGGAUGUGCUAAAAAAAGCAAAGGAGUAUCUCUCAAAACUGGAAGAGAGAUCCAGACUCCAACCUGGUAUUCCUCAAAAGGAUGGGAAGACUGACUAUACCCGAGAUUUCUUUGCCCGUCAAGCAUUUUUGACUGUUUCAGGCCAACUUCAAGUUGAGUCCUAUGUAUGUGCUCUCAGUAAUGUGUAUACCUUUGGGCCAACUUUUCGUGCAGAACAUUCCCACACUUCAAGGCAUUUGGCAGAAUUUUGGAUGAUUGAACCUGAAAUUGCAUUUGCAGAUUUGAAGGAUGAUAUGAAUUGUGCAGAGGCAUAUGUGAAAUUUAUGUGUCAGUGGUUACUUGAUAAUUGCCUUGAAGAUAUGGAGUUUAUGGCAGAUAAGUUUGAUAAAGGGUGCAUUGAUCGCCUGAAAAUGGUUGCUUCCACUCCAUUUGUGCGUCUUUCGUAUACUGAAGCAGUGGAAAUACUAGAGGAGGCUGUAAAGAAUGGUAAAAAGUUUGACAAUGAAGUGAAAUGGGGGAUUGACUUAGCAUCUGAGCAUGAAAGGUUUUUAACAGAGGUGAAGUUUCAGAAGCCUGUCAUUGUAUUUAACUAUCCAAAAGAUAUCAAAGCAUUCUACAUGCGGCUCAAUGAUGACUUAAAGACUGUGGCUGCCAUGGAUGUUCUUGUACCAAAGGUUGGAGAGUUAAUUGGUGGAAGCCAAAGGGAAGAGCGCUAUGAUGUCAUCCAGCAGAGAAUAAAGGAGAUGGAUCUGCCUAUUGAGCCAUAUGAGUGGUACCUUGACCUGAGGCGGUAUGGGACUGUGAAGCAUUCAGGCUUUGGUCUUGGCUUUGAACGGAUGAUUCUUUUUGCUACAGGCUUGGAUAAUAUUCGAGAUGUGAUUCCCUUUCCUCGCUACCCCGGCAGAGCUGAUCUUUGAUUAUAACGAUUCUGUUGCAGAAAGCAGAAAUUUAAUUUAGUUUUAAAAUACAACAUGGCAGUAGCUGUAUUUGCUCAUUCUUAUCCCAACUGUACCCUUACUACGAAGGAAAUCUUUGUUUAAUCAAUUCUUAAAUCCAUAUUUAUUGUGCAUUUUAUAUAUUUUACAGAUGUAAUUGUUGGAUUCGUAAUCAUGAUAUGACCAAUAUAGUGUUAUAUUUUUGUCA